AUGCACUCUGCAGGCACUACUCUUGAAGGAUCUUGGGAUCGUGUCCAUCAAGUCAUUGGACAAGCGCAUACUUUGCUCCAUCAGCAGGGCAUUGUCCGCAUUCAGACAGACAUUCGAGUUGGCUCGCGAACGGACAAGGCGCAGACUGCCGAGGACAAGGUGAACAAAGUGCACCAAUUACUUGCCCAGGACGAACAGUGA